AUGAACUGCGUCAAGCCACCGUUACUUAAGAAACCUUCACGUGGAUUUGCAUGGUCUUGCGCUGCAUGCAGUCGUGCUCAGGAGCGCAAGCUGGAAGCUCGCCAUACGCCAAAUACAAUCGACACCGCGGAUGCCGACGACGAUGAGCUCCUGGACGAAGACGAAGAGGAUGCUCAUGGCGUCGAAACCGACAGGACAAGUCCUGCCGACGACGAUGCGCCUCAUCAGGGAACCUCGGAGCAGAUUUACCAGGCUAGUCUUUGGCCGUGGCGUUAUCUCGGCAUGCACUGCAAGCCGGAGGAUGCCCUGGACUACGAUGAUCGCAUCUACCCUCGUGCAGGCACCCGCAUUGGACCUAGAAACCAGGCCACUGUUGGCGCGUGGCCCGGACAGCCUGUUCAAUAUGUCAAGCCGCUGGAGUUUAAAAAGGGCGGCAAAAAAGACCAGAAAUUCAUCAAGGAACAGCAGGAGGCCGAAAAGGCCCGCCGAGGACAGCGGCCGAAGUGGGUCCAGGAUCAGCCACCGGGGUACGUUGCUCGCGGUGAGGACUUGGACGAAAAUGACCCCAAUUGCACGGCCACAUUGCUAUGGAAGCCGCCAACCUCAGAUACCCCGUCUCUUGAUAAGAUCAAUGACUAUGUUGCCGAAGCCAUGUUGACGGCCAAAAAGCUGGACCUCCCCCCGCGCUCUACUAACCUUCGGGAUGCCGCCAUCGAAUCCUUGUUUCGUGAAGACUUUGAUGAGUCCAAGGCCCUGACUAUGCUCUCAGAGAAACCCAGGAGUGAAUUCAAAGAGCCCAACUUCAGCCCAGCCGAGGCCAAGAAAUUUGAAGAAGGCGUUUCAAAGUUCGGCUCCGAGCUGCAUCUUGUCAUGAAACAUGUCAAAUCGAAGCCGCCGGGCGAGAUUGUCCGGCACUAUUAUGUUUGGAAGAAGACCGAAAAGGGACAGCAAGUUUGGGGCAGCUUCCCCGGCCGAAAGGGAAAGAAGCAAGCUAGGCGCGAGGAUAUUGCAGCUUCAAAGCUGGCUGACGAUGUGGCCAAUGACGACGAUGAUUCUGCAUUCGACGCAGACAAGGCGAUUGAGAAGAAGCGAAGCUUCAUUUGCCAAUUUUGCAAUAGGACGCAGGAUCGUCAAUGGAGAAGAGCGCCGAACCCGCUUCCUGGGCUUGUAAAUGACCAGGGCCUCAAGGGCACUGGGAAAGAUAAAGCUGGGAACCAAUACGUUGUCGCCUUAUGCCGGCGCUGCGCUGAAUUAUGGCGACGUUAUGCUAUUCGAUAUGAAGUUAUUGAAGAAGUGGCCAAGAAGGUUGCGCAGGCUGGUGGCCGCGCAUGGAAACGCAAGCAAGAUGAAGAACUUCUCAAAGAGCUCCAGCUUGCACAGGAAAUGGGAUAUAUGACGCCCGAACGAGCUCCGACUCCUUCUAAAGCCGCUGCCCCCCAGCCCGGCGAGACCCAGGAGCCUCCUAGAAAGAAGCUCAAGACUGCAGCCGAUAAAGAAGCCGAAGCAACACCCUCAGAGGCCGGUAGCACUCCAAGCGCAGCUCCGAUUAAGAAGAAGGAGAAGGCAGAGAAAGCAGCCACCGAGCCGCCUGCGGCCCCAGAGAUGCCAAAACCACGGACUCUUCCCUGCGCCAUCUGCGAUCAGAUGGAGCCAAUGGGAGACCAGCACCUCUCAUGCCGAGAGUGUCGACUUACGGUGCACCGUAACUGCUACGGCAUUAUUGACAACAAGGUCCAAGGAAAAUGGAUAUGUGACAUGUGUGCGAAUGAUAAGAGCCCACAAGUGUCGAUCCAAUACAAAUGUGUCUUGUGUCCUGUUGAGCAAACUGAACAUGAUUUCGUUGAGCUGCCGAAACUCACACACCACAAGAAAAAGAUGUCGGAGAAAGACCGCGAGCGAGAAAAGAUGGAAGUUCAACAAGCCCGCAAAGCUGCUGAAUACUACCGCAAGAAGCAGGAAGAGAUGAAUCGCCCAGUCAACCCCCGCGAGCCGCUCAAGCGUACAGCUGACAACAAUUGGGUGCACGUCACCUGCGCCGUAUGGACCCCCGAAGUCAAGUUCGGUAACGCCAAGGCAAUGGAACCAUCGGAGGGAGUCCCAUCUAUCUCGAGAGCAAAGUAUGACGAAAUCUGCCAAGCCUGUAAUCAGAAAGGUGGGGCAUGUGUGCCCUGCCAUCAAUGUCGUGCAUCUUAUCACGUUGAAUGCGCUCGCCAAAAGGGGCAUAUUCUCGGAUUCGAUAUUGCUCCGGUCAAGAGCUCCCGGCGAGAUCAGUUUAACAUUGUCACCAUCAACGGCGAGAGUGGCAUCAUGUCGGCAGUACUUUGGUGCAAAGAGCACGCCCCCACCAAGACGAUUGUUCAUCGAAUUCAUGAUGUCGUGAGCGAGACAGGGUUGAAUGCCCUUCAGCUCUACGUCCAGAAUUUCAAGCAGGCAGACUUUACCUUGACUGGUACUGUUCGCAAGGCCAAUCAGAUGACCACGGCGGCGAAAAUAUCCGGAGCACCAGCUCAGGCAUGGAAUCGCAGAGCAUCUACUACGACGGCGCCUAAUGGUACCUGGGCUCCGCCGCGCAACGGCGACGUGGCUGACCCUGGAUGCCAUCCCCAGCAUCCGGGCGACAAGAUCUGCAUCACAUGCGGCAUAGACGUCGCCUUGAGGUGGUGGCCGAUUGAUAACUUGCAAGAGCGGAGACUUACCAACGGCCAUCACGGGCUCAUUGGAUCAGAAGCACAAAAGUUUGUUGAGCAGCGAAAGUUCCAAUGCCAGAAAUGUCACAAGCUACGAAAGACACCCCGUAGUCCGGGGCUGACUCUGCGAACUGGGCCUUCACCUCCGCCUUCCGAACUUGCACGUCCCCAGCCGAUGGAAGCAACCCUGAUGGCUCCUGUGCCUCCCAUGAGAGGCUCAACGCCUCCUCCUCCUCCGCCGCCGCCACCGCCAAAUGUGGUCGACUAUCGUGACGGACGCCAUAUGAGCCAUCCCCUUUCUUGGCCGCAACCACCGCCGGGUUCACAUGCAAUGCCAGCCGUGUCUACUCCUCCGCCGAUACCUGCACCGGUUCACGCGCCAGCUCAGGUGGCAGGACACCGGCCACCGCCGAUGGCACACCCAUAUUCGCCGGCACCACCACCACCACCACCACCACAAGGCAGAACGACGGCCUAUCCUGAGUGGGCACCGCCGCAUCGCCCUAGCAGCCAGCAUAACUCACCUCCUCGUCACAUUAACGGUGGCCCUCCGCCUAUGUUGCACGGCGGCCCGCCCCCGCCUCAACCACCACCAGUAUCGAACCUUUCAGCUCUGAGACCGCCUGCCAUGGCUGGUCCGCCUCCAGCUACACCCCUUCCCGGUGGUCAUCCGCAUGGACAUGGCUAUACCAAUGGGCUCCCUCCUUCUCCACGACGCAUGAGCGGACCAACUGCUCCCGCUCCAUACGUCCCUCCUUAUCACAACGGACAUCCAGGUCACGGAGGACCUAUCCAUCCCCCGGCUCACCUUAUGAAUAACGGACCUCCGCCGCCGCCACCUCCGCCGCGGUCAGAUGCAUUUUCACAUGGUCUUCAUCCUCAGAGAUCAUCAUAUCCGCCGCCCCCCUCACAUGCUAGCCCUCCGAUUUUGAGGAACGGGUUACCGCCGCCGCCGCCGCCCCAGCCUCAUGAGUUGCCUCCGUCGUCAGGUCCUAUGCCCCAACGACUCCCAGAAAACAGGCCGGCUACAGCGGCGAGUACGAACCCUUCUCUUCGCAACUUACUCUCUUAA